AUGAAGCGCCGGAAACCAGCCACACACAGCACUGCUAGCGCCGGUCCAACUCCGGCAAGGCAGGCGAUUUUGAGCAGAUUUUUCCGGUCUACCGGAAGCCUGAAAUCCACGUCCUCCCUCGCCAUAGCCGACCAGGAGACUGACCCUGACGCCGCAGCGCCCCCAGCGUCCACUUCCCCACCUCAGCUACCGUCUUGCUUGACUACAGACAUUGACAGAAAUAAAAAGAAAACACUGGAGAAUGAUGGACCGGCAAAGAAGAAGGCAAAGAAAAAACAAGAAAAAGAAAAAGAAGGAGGAAGCAGUUUGGUAGACUCUGGAAACCCUGAGCCAAAGAAAUGUCCGAGGACCAGACUUGUUUUAAAGUCUCUGGAAAAAUUAAAAAAAUUCUGCUGUGAAUCAGCUCUUCCUCAGAACAUAGUCCCAACAGACCUUCAGGAGAGAUUUGCAGUUUUACCAAAAUGUACUGAUUUUGAUGAUAUCGAUCUUCUCCGUGCAAAGAAUGCAGCUUCUUCUGAAGAUUCUAAAACACAAAUUCAACAAAAGGGCAGAACACUGACAUCUGGUUCAAAGCCAUCUAACAAACGGACCAAAAGCAUCUAUACCCCUUUGGAGCUACAGUACAUAGAAAUGAAGCAACAGCACAAAGAUGCAAUUUUGUGUGUGGAAUGUGGAUACAAGUAUAGAUUCUUUGGCAGUGAUGCAGAGAUUGCAGCCCAGGAACUGAAUAUUUAUUGCCAUUUGGAUCACAACUUCAUGACAGCAAGUAUACCCACUCACAGACUCUUUGUUCACGUGCGCCGCCUUGUGGCAAAAGGAUAUAAGGUGGGGGUUGUGAAGCAAACGGAAACCGCAGCAUUGAAAGCCAUUGGGGACAACAGAAGUUCAGUUUUUUCCCGGAAAUUGACUGCUCUGUACACAAAAUCUACCCUUAUUGGAGAAGAUGUGAAUCCCCUCAUCAAGCUGGAUGAUGCUGUAAGUGUUGAGGAAAUAACGACUGAUACUUCUACCAACUAUCUGCUGUGUAUCUGUGAGAAGAAGGAAACUGUUAAGGACAAAAAACAGGGGAAUGCUCUUAUUGGCCUUGUGGCUGUGCAGCCGGCCACAGGGGAAGUGGUGUUUGACAGCUUCCAGGACUCUGUUUCCCGUUCUGAACUUGAGACUCGGAUACUGUGCCUGCAGCCGGUGGAGCUGCUGUUGCCGUCUGACCUGUCAGAGCAAACAGAGACGCUCAUCCGCAGAGUAACUGCUGUUAGUGUACGGGAUGACAGAAUUCGAGUUGAAAGGAUGGACAACAUGUGUUUUGAAUACAGUCAUGCUUUCCAGGAGAUUACUGACUUUUAUGCAAAAGAUUCAGGUGCUAUAAAAGGUUCUCAAAAUUUUUCCAGCAUCAUGAACUUGGAGAAACCUGUUAUUUGUGCUUUAGCAGCCAUAAUAAAAUACCUCAAAGAAUUUAACUUGGAAAAAAUUCUCUACAAGCCCAAGAAUUUUAAACAGCUGUCAAGUGAAAUGGAAUAUAUGACAAUUAAUGGAACAACAUUACGGAAUCUGGAAGUCCUGCAGAAUCAGACUGAUAGGAAAACCCAUGGAAGUUUACUUUGGGUUUUAGACCAUACUAAUACUUCAUUUGGAAGAAGACAGCUGAAGAAGUGGGUGACACAGCCACUCCUUAAAUUAAGGGAGAUUAAUGCACGACUUGAUGCUGUAUCUGAAGUUCUUCAAUCAGAAUCUAGUGUGUUUGGUCAUAUAGAAAAUCAUCUACGUAAAUUGCCGGACUUAGAGAGAGGACUCUGUAGCAUUUAUCACAAAAAAUGUUCUACCCAAGAGUUCUUCCUGAUCAUCAAGACUCUGUAUCACUUGAACUUGGAAUUUCAAGCAUUAAUACCUGCUGUGAAUUCCCAUAUUCAGUCUGACUUGCUCCAGAUACUUCUUUUAGAAAUUCCUGAACUCCUUAGGCCAGUGGAAUAUUACAUAAAGAUAAUUAAUGAACAUGCUGCCAAAAUUGGAGAUAAAACGGAAUUAUUCAAAGAUCUUUCUGACUUUCCUUUAAUAAAAAAGAGAAAGGAUGAAAUUCAGGAUACUACUAACAAAAUUCGAGUGCAUUUGCAAGAAAUACGAAGAAUACUGAAAAAUCCUUCAGCACAGUAUGUUACAGUAUCAGGACAGGAGUUUAUGAUUGAAGUAAAGAAUUCUGCUUUAUCUUGUAUACCAGCAGAUUGGGUUAAAGUUGGAAGCACAAAAGCUGUGAGCCGUUUUCAUUCUCCUUUUGUUGUAGAAAAUUACAGACAUCUGAAUCAGCUCCGGGAGCAGCUAAUCCUUGACUGCAGCGCUGAAUGGCUAGAUUUUCUAGAGAACCCUGUGAGCUGGAGCAGCAGCAGUUGGCAGGGCAGGUCCUCCAGCUGGUGCGGCCCCGGCCGCUGGGGCAGGUCCACCAGCACCCACACUGCAGAUGAGGCUCUCAGUGUUGACAUUUGCCAGGGCCUUUGCAAACAGUCCAGGCCAGAAAGGUUAAACGUUGACACCGGCUGCCUUAAUGAGGGCAUUGAUUUUAUCCUCCGUGACUGUCACCUUAUCGUCGUGCAGGAUGAGGGCCGAGUAGAUGCAGGCGAGCUCAGAGAUGGAGGCCAUGGUGCGAUACUUCUUUUUUUUUGCAGACCAACUGUACAAGAAGGAAGGAAAAUUAUAAUAAAAAACGGCCGGCACCCUGUGAUUGAUGUGUUGUUGGGAGAACAGUAUGUUUGCAACAGUACAGAUUUAUCAGGGGAUGCAGAGAGAGUAAUGAUAAUUACCGGACCAAAUAUGGGAGGAAAGAGCUCCUACAUAAAACAGGUUGCAUUGAUUACUAUGAUGGCUCAGAUUGGCUCCUAUGUCCCUGCAGAGGAAGCGACAGUUGGGAUUGUGGAUGGUAUUUUUACAAGGAUGGGAGCUGCAGACAAUAUAUACAAAGGACGGAGUACAUUUAUGGAAGAACUGACAGACACAGCAGAAAUAAUAAGAAAAGCAACCUCACAGUCCUUGGUCAUCUUAGAUGAAUUAGGAAGAGGGACGAGCACCCAUGAUGGAAUUGCCAUUGCUUAUGCUACACUUGAGCAUUUUAUUAGAGAUGUGAAAUCCUUAACCCUGUUUGUCACGCAUUAUCCACCUGUUUGUGAACUGGAAAAUAGUUACUCAGAGCAGGUGGGAAAUUAUCACAUGGGAUUCUUGGUCAAUGAAGAUGAAAGCACUCAGGAUGCAGGCAAAGAAGAACAAAUCCCCGACUGUGUCACUUUCCUUUAUCAAAUAACCAGAGGAAUUGCAGCGAGGAGCUAUGGACUCAAUGUGGCUAAACUAGCAGAUAUUCCUGGAGACAUUUUAAAGACAGCUGCUUGCAAAUCAAAAGACCUCGAAGGAUUAGUAAACAUGAAAAGGAAAAGGCUAAAAUAUUUUGCAAAGUUAUGGACAAUAAAUGAAACAGUAGACCUCCAAAAGUGUGCUGAUGAGUUUACAAUUGAAGAAAUUACAGACUUAUCUUCCUGA